AUGCCUCCGAAAAGCAACUUGCAGUGUGAGAUCAGGCAUUACAAGCCCAUGGAUAAAGCUGCUGUCAUCUCGCUGUUUCGCUUCGGGAUUAUGGAGCACAUCUAUCCGGCCUUCUUCAAGGCCAUGAGUCAUCCAGACCACGUGGGGGUGACGUUGAGCAUCUCCAUGGCGGGCUACGUGCUCGGCGGGAGCUCUUACUUUAUGGCGUUGCUGGCGGGGGGAGCGUGGGCAGGGCUGGUGUACUACUGUUGCCACGAGAUCUAUGACAGCUACAUCCAGGAGAGGCUACGCACAGACAUGAGCAACAUCCAGGCGCACUUCCUCGAAGACCCGGACAGCUGCUUCUGGGUGGCGGAGGCCGAGAUCCACGGCAGGCCAAAGGUGGUCGGGAUGGUGGCGGUGGUCGGGAAGAGGGACAGGGACGAGGAGGAGAAGGAGAGGGGAGACGUGAUGAACGGGGACAUCGACCAGGACGGAGGGGACGGGAGCUACGCCGAGAUCAUCCGGAUGAUCGUGUCAUUCCCGUGCCGCCGCAAGGGCGUCGGGUCCCAGCUGGCGGAGACGGCCCUGGAUUUCUGCAAGGAGCGCGGCUUCUCACGAGUGGUCCUGGAGACCAGCUCUGCACAGACUGCGGCUAUCGAUCUGUACCACAAGCUAGGCUUCACGCACACGCUCACCCACACUAACACGCACGCACACCGCUGGGUCACCAAGCUGGCCAGGAUCACUGUCCUAAGGAUGGAGAAGGUCCUCUAA